AUGAGGAAAGCUGAAGUACAAAGAGGUAAAUACGAUGUCCAAGGUCAUACUCAAGAGUUUGUAGGGGCAAAGCUGACAAUCAAACUUCGUAUUUCUUAUUCCCAGGGGCCUGCACUAACCAACAAACCAGCUGCUUCCCUUGAUGGAACUAAAGAAGGAGGACACCGAUCGAAGAGAGAAAAGCAGCCUCCCCGCACCACUUCCACGGGGCUCACUCUAAACGAGAGCCCGGCCGCUGCCCCUGGAGCGAAACGCCGGCCGAGGCCUCGGGUCCAAGGAGCCUCGCCCUCAGGAGGCGACCAGCAGGGGCUGGCAGGCCGGGCGUGGGGCUGCGAGCGGUGUCCCCUACCCGGGUCACUUUUCUGGGCCGGAAUCGGGCAGGCAUACGAUAGAGAGGCAUCGGGGCGAGAGGCGCCAGCGAGGGCGCCGCUGGGCAGCAGGACCGAAAGCCGCGCUACAAGAAGCGCCCGGGACCCGGGUCGAGGGGGCAGCCGAGCUGGGCGCGACCCCAGCCCUCGACCCAGCCCCCUGCGGCCGUCCCGGCGCAGGGCACCUCGGCGCUGCCCCUCGGCCCACGGUAACACGGAGCGGCGGGCGGGUAAGCCCGAACCAACUCCGCAACUUGGCGGCCGCGCCGCAGGCCCCCUGCGCGAGUUCCCGGGGAGCUCCUGCCCCUCGGGGGACGCGGGCUCCUCCGCGCCGCGAGCCGUCCCCACCCCGCCGCCCGCGCCGUCCCCGACGUCCCCGCGGCCCUGCCUGCCAGCGCCGCCGCCGCCACGGGCCCCGCUCCAGGCCGUUUCCGGCAGGCGGCCGCUCCCCCGACCCGGUCACGGUCGCCACUCACCGAAGCCGCCGCGGCUCCGAGCCCCCGGCUCCGCAGGCUCGCUCCACGAAGCGCCCGCCGCCCCGUCCUUCCCGGCGCCGGCGAGCUCUUCCUCCCUCCGACCGGCAGCGCUGCCGAGCGCAGCGGCGGACGCGAGGCCAGGGCUGGGUGCGCGCGGGCGGGCGGGAGGGCGGGCGUGGGGCCGACUCGUCCCUCCGCUGGGCCGCCGCCUCCUGCGCCGCCGCCGCCUCCCGAGUUCGGGGCUCUGCUGCAAUGUCUGCGAGGCUGACUUGGGGCGCCGCGCUCCGCACUCCGCGCUCGUCGCCCGCCCGCACCGCGCUCCUCCCUCCGCCGCCGAGUCGGCCGCGGCCGAGUCCCUCCCCUCGCCGCCGCACGCCAUUCAGCUCUUCAGCCAAGUUUCUUAA